AUGCUCGAUGCAUUCUCGACCCAGAUGCUUGCUGCUCACAAUGCAGUGAGGGCAAGGCACCGCCUCCCGCGACUGGCGUGGAGCAACAAGUUGGCUAACUAUGCUAAAUGGUAUGCCAACCAGAGGAGGAAGGACUGCCGGCUGGUGCAUUCGACGGGCGACUAUGGGGAGAACAUCUUUUGGGGUCAAGGGAAGCGAUGGAAGGGGACGGAUGCUGUCAAAGACUGGGCUGCUCAGGAGGCGUACUACGACUAUGGACGUGAUGCUUGUAUGGCGAAUCGGGACUGCUUGCACUAUACACAGUUGGUGUGGAGGAGUACUAGGAGAGUUGGGUGUGCUAGGAUCAAGUGUGCCAAUGGCGAUACCUACGUCGUUUGCGAGUAUGAUCCUCAUGGCAAUGUAAUUGGUCAAAGGCCAUACUGA